AUGAAGUUGGUCGCUAUCGUCAUUCCUAUUGAUGUAUUUGCAGUUGCUGCAUUACCUGGAGCCUCUAUAAAUGAACCUGAUUUAAGUUCAAUAAGAUGGUUUUCAAAACAAUAUCAACUUGGAUGGUCGUUAACAGAAAUAGAUUGUAAUUUAAUUCCUCAAUUAGUUUGUAACACUGUUGGAAAUGAACAAAAUGUUUCAAUGAUAUUUUUAAAUUCGCCCUAUAAGGCUGUUCCUCAAGGAACUCCACCAAUUAUUCAAAAACUGGCAUUUCAAAAUAUAGCUCGAAUAGUUUUCACAGGAUACUAUCCUGCUGUAGAUCCAUCUCAAAACAUUUUCCAAUUGAUCAAUAUUCCAGAGAAUAAGAAUUUAGAAUUACUAAGUAAUUUCCAAAAUUCAAUUUUUAAUUCUGAUAUACCACAAUCUUUAUUUGAUAGUUCAGUCUUAUUUCAAAUGCCUGGAUGUACUAAUUUUCCAAAUAUGCAACAAAUAGAAUUAACACUUUCUCAGCCUGUUGAUGUUAAUAUACAAGAAUUUCCAGGACAAGCCAUAAAGUUGAAAUCUACUCCGUCAAGAUAUAAGAAUGAAAUUAGAUCAAAUUUAUCAUUUGAAAGCGGAUAUGGUAUUUACUUAUUAGAUAUAGAUAAUUUUAAUAUCAACCCAAAUGAUUUCAGAUUAUCAAGUUUAUCAACUAUAACUCUUCGAAAAUCUAGUGGAAUUUCAGUAGCAAGAUAUUUAGAACAUUAUCAAGAAUUCAAUUCAGAUCCUUCAACCUAUCCAGUUUAUUCAUGGUUUGCAGCUAAUAGUACAAUUGAAAUACAUAAUAAUACUCACUUGGUAGGUCCUGUUCAUGAUUAUCCAAGUGAAGGAUUUUAUCCAAUUACUUUGAACUUGGCCGACAAUCCAAAUAUAAGCGAGUUGCCAGAGUCUUUUUGUUAUUUAGAAGAUAUCGAUCUCACCGGCACAGCACUUACAACAGUACCAGAUUGUUUCUAUUGUAAAUGGAGCUUUUUUAAAAAUAGAUUUUCUGUUAAAAUUCCAACUGAUUUCGUUUGUGUUCCAAGAUUAGAUAAAACUUUAUUUGUUUACAAUCCAAUAAACCCAAAUCCAAUCAACAUGCAUAUUUUUGGCAAGAAUUUGGGUUGGGAUCAAAUUGCAAAUCUGACAAUGGUUACAGCAAAUUCACAUUUUAUAUAUAAUAAUAAUAAUGCAACUAAAGGAUCAUUCUCAUUUUUUGUAAAUACAACCAAACUUACAUUCGAAUGGGCCUAUGAUAUAAGUAUUGUCAAUGCUGCAUUUGGUAUUAUUGAAGGAACAUCUCUUCGAGUUGAAAUCAAUGGUACUUUCAAUACUACAAUGGACUAUCUAGUUGUAAUCAAUGGUGUUUCAUGUUCACCUGCAGACAUAUAUCCAAAUGUUUUGAUUUGUACUUUAAGUUCUAUACCUACAAUCAGAAACCCUAUAGUAACUGUAACAAAUGAAAUUCAAUCUAUUAAUACUACUUUAAAGAUACAAAAUAUACCUAUUGUUGUUUCAACAUCAAAGCUUUACGAAUCGGGAGGAAACUUAACCCUCUAUGGGUACUUCCAUGAUAAUAUUAUUCAGGCAAACGUUACUGUCAACAAUGUAAAUUGUACUAUUACCAAGGCAAACUCUACUGUUAUAGUAUGCAUUAUUACAACCAAUCUGACACCUGGUUUUGCAAAUUUAAGUGUAUUUACCAAUAAUAUAGAGUUUAUAUCCUCUUAUUUAGUUAUAUAUCCUUUGGAUAUACCAAAUAAUUGUAUUGUUGAUAAUUCUACUUGUAGUAGUAAUGGUAUUUGUAUAAACAAUAAGUGUGUUUGUAAUAGUGGAUUUGGUGGUUAUUAUUGUCAGUCUACAUUGACACCAACUGUAAUAAUUCAACCAAAUACAACAUCACCCAACGUCAAUGUAAUUUCAAACAACACACAAUUCCAAUUCAAUAUCAUUGCAAUACAAGAGUUGGACGAUCUCCGAGAUGUCUUCAGUAGCUAUCACUUCAAUGUAUCAAAUUGGAACUAUUCAAAGUCAUCCGAUAUUGAAAAGGAUAACUAUAAAUAUGUUCUAAAUGACUCGAGUGUACAGUUCAAGACAGAGGUCAAUAUAGAUAACUUUAAGGUCUACAAGAAUUUAACUUUUGCUGGUAUUGAAACUAUUUAUCCUCCAAACUCUUUGAAGUUAUCGAUCACUAUAAGUGGAUGGUCAUUCAACUCGAAUCUAAAUACACUGAGGGUGUUGUUUGCGACCGAGAUGAAGUACCAAACAAUCGAUGAUAAGUGUCAAUCGGAAAUCAGAGACAAACAACAAUUCGAUCAACUUCAUAACUUACAAUACUUAACGAUUACCAAGGAUGGUGUCACCUAUUUCGGAAGAUUCUUGGAUUAUGUUUUAUCAGAUAACCGACCUGCUUACUCAUUGAAUGAGAUAAUUA